AUGGCUGAUCUACUGCAUGCAGAAGGACCCGACUGGCAGCGACAACGACGACUCACUGCUCCUGCAUUCAAUGAGCAAAAGAGUCCCCUAGUCUGGGCAGAGUCUCUUCGACAGGCCGGCGACAUGCUACAGUCAUGGCUCUCACAUGAUGCCAGUGGCUUUACGUCUACCUCUGACGACAUCAGGACACUCGCUUUAGACGUCUUGGCCUAUACAGGCUUCCAGAAGUCGUACGCUUGGCGAAGCAAAAAGGAAGCAGCCAUUGUCGACCAGGCAAUGACCUAUAGAGACUCAUUGUCGAUUAUUCUUGCGAAUGUCUUAACGAUUGUAGUCCUUUCUCCUCGCUUCUUCCAACUCCCAUGCCUUCCACAGCGUCUACGACGUGUGGGUGUGGCUAUCAAAGAAUUCAAGAAUUACAUGCUCUCCCAGAUUACGGAGGAAAGAAGAUUAGAGGCCCUCGGGCACGCAGGCUCUGGAACGCUCGUUAGUAACCUCGUGCGGGCAUCCUCGGAGGAUUCUCAGGGGAAAUCAAGUCAGAUGAAACCUCUAACAAUCGACGAAAUCCUCGGCAAUAUCUUCGUCUUCAACUUUGCUGGGCAUGAUACAACUGCCAUCUCGAUGAAUUAUGCUCUAAUGCUCCUCGUUGCUCGUCCAGACAUCCAAGACUGGAUCGGCGAAGAGGUAAAAUUCUACCUGAAAGACGGUCAAUCAGCCACAUGGAAGUACGAAGAUUCAUUCGAAAAGUUGAAGCGCUGUCGCGCUAUCUUGCUCGAAACUCUUCGUCUCUACAAUCCUCUUCCUGGUAUCAUCAAGUAUACGAGCACCGUACAAACUCUCAAGGUCAAUGGCAAAAGUUUGCACAUUCCAACAAAUACACUCGUAGUCCCCGCUCUGCAAACAUUGCAUACUCACCCCAAAUACUGGGGUGCAGACUCGCUAUCUUGGCAACCAGAGCGGUGGAUUCGCUCCUCUCCGCCAUCUUCACAAACGCAAGGUGACACGCCAAGUAUAUUAAAUGAAGAGCUACUUGAGCCCGAAAAAGGCACUUUUAUCGCAUGGUCAGAAGGCAUGAAGAAAUGUCCAGGCAAGAAAUUCGCGCAAGUUGAGGCAGUCGCUGUUCUAGCAAGACUUUUCCGCGAUCAUCGAGUUGAUCCUGUUCCCAUGAAUGGGUGCAGCACAGCACAAAUGUUGGCUAAGGUGAUGGCUGCUGUUGAAGAUAGCGAUGUCGAACUUCUCUUAGGGAUGCGAGAUCCACGAUCUGUGUCUGUGCAGUGGAGGAAAACUUAA